GUAAUCUUCAGGUGUAAAGGAAAAACGAAGAAGUUAUUUCAUCCAUCUGUUGAAUGCAUUCAAGUAACUGGACAGAUGAUGUUCAGGACAUAAUACUCUUUUUUUGCUCCAUGUUCCAAGGCAUAUAAAAUAAAUAGUUCCCUUACAAUGAAAGAAUGCAGCUAUAUCUUGUUGGAGGAUCGUUUGGACUCCGUGAAUUUGCUCAGAUAAGAUACGAUGUCCACAAACUGCAUGGCAAGGUUGAUCCAGCUUUGAAAGAAAAAUUAAAACAGAACACUGUGACACUGGAAUCUGAAUAUGAGAAGCUGGAAAAGUCUGACUUGGAUAACUGGGAGAACAUCAGAGGACCCCGUCUGUGGGAAGAUUCCAGGACUGUUCAGCAGCAACGGCGGGAGGCUCUUCGUCUCAAGAAAGAGUGACUGAGCAAUCCUACUAAGCCUACUUUGGUGCCUCUGAGGAAAAAAAAAAAGAAAGAAAAAAAAAGUCUUGAGGGGGACUGUCUUAUUUUUUAAUCCAGUGUCAGGAACAGACAUGAGAGGUGGGGAUUGCACUGAGCAAUUCAUGGUAGUGUAUAUAUAAGUAGCUGUGACAUCAAGCCAAAAGACACUGUAUUAUAUGAAGCUCUUUGCAUCCACUUGCACAAUGUUUCACAGGCUGUAUAUAUGAAUUCUCAAUUAAAAAAAAUGACUGAUUAUUCUACUGAGAA